AAUAAGUACUUCUCAUUUUUGGCACUUCAAAUAGCCAACAAUUUGAUGCUAAUACGUUUUUGUACUUUUACUUAACUAACAUGAAUGCAGGACCUUUACCGGAAUAUUCGUACACUGUGGUAUUACUACUUUUUAUUAGGUGAAGGAUCUGAAUAGUUCUGGUUAUGUGUACAUCACUGGUAUUCUAGCUGAACAUAAAGAUUGCGUUUAAAUGGGAAUAGCCAUUCUUGUAAAGCAAAUUCUAUGAUAAAGGAAACGUGAAAAAACAAAACUAUAUCGGAAGUAAAAUUCCUUCAAAAUUAUAGUGGGCCUUUUGGUUAACGUGGACACAAACACAUAGUAUAUCUUUUCUCUAAAUUGUCGAUUUUUUCUCUAAGGUAUAUUUGCAAGGCUCGAAAUUUUUACGCUGCUAUAGUUUAUUAUUAUUUUAUUUUUCUCGCUUGCCCGGAAGUAGGUGCUUUUAAACAACGGGUUACUUGACUGUUGGAUUACAGCCUUCAUAAAAUGAUUAGUGGUAUCGAGAUGGUACAAAAUUGAAUAUGGUUAGAAAUAUUUUUACAUUUAAAAAUUUUUGUAUUAAUCAAAAAAGUGGCAGAAACAGGGAGGACGGUUAGAAAUGCAUACAUGGCCUAUUUAAAUGAAAAUGCUUUUUUAAAAAGUACGUUACGAAGAGGUCUGUAAAGUUUACUUGCAACUAGAAACCACCCUAAGCAGCAGCUCAGAGUCUCCCUACAGCGACUGUCCAUACUACUGAUUGUGGAGCUCAGGACUAUGGCAGAGAUUUCAGCUCCCUCUCCAAAGAUAACGUUUAUCAAAAUAACAGGCUGGCGUUUGAGGUUGCAGAAACAAAGCUGGGCAUCCCUGCGUUGCUGGCCCCAAAGGACAUGGUUUCCAUCAAAGUGCCUGAUUGUUUGAGCAUCAUCACCUACCUUUACCAGUACUACUACUUCUUCAGCAACAAGUCUCGUGGUCCUGCUAGUUUGAGGUCGUCGCAUGUCACUGUCUUAAACAGUCUCACAAAGCAUAAAGCUCUGGAGAGCUUGACUCCUCUGGAAACCGGCAGAGAUCGUUUGUCCCACACAGGGCCGCGAACAGUGUGCAAUUUGUGUUUCAUGCCUGUCCACCUUAUCCAGAGACAUCUGAUUGGCAGCAAGGUCUACCAUCACAGCUGUUUCAGGUGCAAAGUGUGCCACGGCGAUCUUUUACCAGAGUCUUGCACACAGGAAAGUGAUGCUGGCUCCUUGGUCUGCUCUGACCAUAAAACAGACAGUAAUAGUACUUGCAUAGACUUCAAUAAGCAGAUUGCAUCUACAGAGAAUCAGCCCAAAUGUAAGUUCCAGGCAGGUUAUUUUUCUUUUGGUGGACUGAGUAUCACCAGCGUCCCUCAUUACACUAAGCAAGCAGAGCCGCAGGACAGACCGGUCUGUAAAAGCCCAGAGAUGGAGGGGAGAGGAAGGCGGGAGGGGAGCAGAGAGGUGAAAGACAGAGAAAACAGACACUCCUCUGUUGGACUAAAGAGCGUGGUAAAGAAGCCAGCACCCCUUCCUCCUCAGCCACCCAGUGUUGAAGACAGGACAGUCAAAGGAGCUGGAAAUGCUGGAGCUGCAGCUGUUCUGGCAGACAGCAAAAAGCAGCAGGAAGUGAGACAGACUCAGCAGCCCUCUGAGCUCUCUGCAGCAUGUGUACGGGUGACAGCAGGAAGUGGUCGGCCAGUUCCUGCACGCAGGAGAAUGGUAGACUCUGCUAUGGUCCCUGUUGUUGCACCCAGGACCAAAUCCUCACCGGCAACAAACAGACCUGCUACUGCAGACAAUUCAUCCAGCCCCAGUAAAUCUCCACACAGUUUGUCUCAAAUCACCAGCCCGACCAGUAGUAGCCCUAAAGUGAAAGCCAGCCACCCGUGGUUGACCAUCGUCCAUCCCGGACCCUGGACGCAGCUGCCUCCUGCUCCAGCCCUAGUCUCCACUAGUCGAUCCAAAUCUGUCUCCAACCUGUGGGAGUCCUGCUCCAGACCCAGAGUGCCUCCUCCCAACCCAUUUGGAGAGGAGGUGGAUGAGAACACCUGGGAGAAGGCUGCUAAACAUAAGCCUGCAGACCAGAGCAGUGGCAAUCUAACAAAUGCAUCAGGGGGCACUGACACUGUGGUUUCUUCAGGAGAUGCUGAAAAUACUGCCAGUAAAUCUGAUGACAGUAAUGUAAAACAACUGGAGAAACCUAUUCCACUAAAGAGACCAGAGGGAGCAAGUGCAGUCAUUAGUGCAGUGGAUACUCCCAGUGAACCAGUGGGAAACAAGAGCGAAACUGGUUCAUCUGGCUCAUUACCAGAUGUGACUGAAGCAGCAGCAGGGCCACGUGCCACUCCAGAUGAGGCACAGAGUGAGGUUUUACCCCAGAGUCCUUCUGUGCCUGCUCUCACCUCUGGCCGCUCUCAAAGCUCCUUAGCGGCUGUUGGUCUAACAGAGGCGAGCGAACCAGUCACAUCACACCAAAGUGAGUUGGGCUGCAAAGAGAAUCGAAAACCGGCAAUGGCCGAAUCAAAGAGUUUCCAAGCCCUUCCACUUAAACUGGCCCCAGCCCCUGGACAUGGGUUCCCACUCAUCAAGAGGAAGGUACAGACCGAGCCAAAUGUUUCUAGUGAAGACCUACAAGUCGAGAAGGGAGAACUGCUUAAACACCUGGAGGUACUGGAACAAAGGGGAGUCGAACUGGAGAGGAAUCUGAGAGAAUGCAAGAAUGAUGAAGAUGAAGAGCAAAUGCUAGAGGGGUGGUUCACUCUUGUCCAUGAGAGACACACUCUGGUGCGCAGACACACAGCGCUGGUUUACCUGAUAAAGCAGCAGAGGUUAGAGGAGAGACAGGCAGAUGUGGAGUACAAGCUCAGAUGCAUCCUUAAUAAACCUGAGUGCAACUGGACUCAGGAGGAUCGAGGUCGAGAGCAGCAGCUGAUGGAUGAACUGGUCGCCAUCAUCGACCAGAGGAACCAGAUCAUCAGCAGCUUGGAUCAGGACAGGCAGAGGGAGCAAGAAAAAGAUCUGCACUGGGAAGCCACGUCGAAGAACGAAGAGUCCCAGAAAGAAAGACUAAAAGAUCUAAAGAAGUCAAAGGGAAAAUUCAAGUCCACAAAAGUUUUUAAGAUGUUCAACCAUAAAGGAGAGAGUACCAACAAGAAGAGCUGAAGUAGUAUCACAACUGCAGAAAUUUGACACAGAUACAGAACUCUCACAGACAACAAACUCAUCCAUAUGUUUAGAUGGCAUCAUAUGAAAGAGUUUAAAUUCACUAAGAGCAGCUCAGUAGCAGCUGAUUCUCACUGUAAAUGAUUCAGUGUACACUUUCUCUCCCGUGUUUCUUCACUUGCCCUGUCUGCUUUAUGGAAUCAAUAUUUAUUUUACUACAUACCUGUGUUGGUUGAAAUAUGCAAUAAAUAUUUAUUUGA